AUGACUCGUCCGGAGGACACAGUGCGCGGGCUGCGCUUGUACCGCGGUGACGCGGAAGAUGAUGAGACGGAAUCUGGACCGUCGGAUUCAGGAAGCUCGCUGCCACUAUCACAAAAUGAGGGUUCUCCAUACCCUGACGACGAAGGCAGUCGCCCAGGCACCUCUUUAGGGGACUACUCGGAGAAUAGCAGACAACCGGCUGGUCCGAAAAUGCUUUCCCACGAAGAGACGAUUGAGCUGGCACGGCGCGCUGUGGAAAGCGGGAUUCAAGAUACCAAGCGUUCCCUGGCCGGUAGCGAGGCCGUCACGGAUGUGGUCAAGCCGAAACUGACUAUUGACCUGGGCCAUUCACAUAUCGUUCGCAUGCCUGAGCCUGUGGUGGAUAUAAUCAAAGAUGAGGUCGAAAGGCUCUCCCUCUCCAAUAACUAUCUCUUCCAUAUACCGUACCGCUUCGCAGAGUGCUUGCAUCUUCGUUAUCUCAAUAUCAGAGCGAACAACUUCCGUGAAUUCCCCAAAGGAAUCUACAAACUGCCAUUGCUGGAGAUACUCGACCUGAGUCGAAACAAAAUUAAGGAAAUUCCAGAUGAAAUCAGCAAACUAAAAUCCUUGCGAGUGCUCUCGGUUAUGCAAAAUCGCCUCGAAGACCUGCCAGUUGGGCUCUCCGAGAUGCCCAAGCUUCAAGUUAUCAAGUGUGCCGGAAAUCCUCUGCGGGCUCCGCUGCGCGCCAUAUUGGAAGAAACCGAGGCUGAGAUGGCAGAAUCUGGGAUGACUGACAAUGAGAAAGAAGUCGCAUCUACAGCAGAGCUCAAAAGAGGGUUGAAAGCUCGACUUACGGCUACUACACCCGAGCCAGAAGUCAUUGCUGACUCAGGAGAUGGCAUUAUGGAUGCAUUCAGGCCAGCUCCUUCAAAACGGAGACCGAGUGCCCGAUUCCCUGUUAUCCCCAGCACCGGUGAUAGUUCGGCCGCCUCUUCUCGAUCUCCAUCCAUCUCAAGACCACCUCCCAUCCCUGCAAAAUCACACUAUCGCAUGGCUUCUGGGCAACAAGGCGCUACUUACCACAUGCCCGGUCUUCAAAGACCCGGCGUGGCUCCUCAUACCGUGAAUGAACGCAACCGAAGCAACAGUGAAGGUAUCAUUCAAGGAUCCUCCGCUGCUCGAAGCAAAAGGAUGGGUGUCAUUACUCGCAAGAACACUGAUUUAGGUACACUGGAUGAAACACGUCCCUACAGAAACAGCCAUCUACGCGGUCUCAGUCAUGGUUCUGUACUUCGACCUCGUCCGGCUCCGCCGACUCCUGUCAGCGGCAGCAGUUCUUCAAGUCCCAGUAGCCCACGGGAGCGUCGACGUGUCCGAGAAGGCUGGGUCAAUCGGAUGUCUAGCCUGCCCGAGCACAAGGGAGAGCGAGGAUCGGAUGAGCCAAUCAUUAGGGGAGCGAAAGGCAUUCUGUUUGCUCUCUUCCAGGUUCAUUCCCAUAUCUCCACAUUGAUCAAUGUGAUCAAGCGUGAUGACACCAGACGCCACAGCCUUGAACUUGUAUUUCACAAUGCCUCCUCGCACGUUGAACGCCUCAACAGUGCUCUCGAGAGUGCUGAAGUUGCGUUGCUCGAAGACCCUGGUUCGAUUGCAUCUGUCACGGAGACCGUCAAACGUGAAUGCGAGACUUGCAUCGUUGCUUACACGCACGUCGGCACGCAGCUACGCAACAGCUCUGCCAAGAUUGUCGCCAACGGCGAUCCCCGUUACGUGAGAUCGCUGAUGCUUAUGAUGUUUGGCAGCCUUGUUGAACUGCGAAAUGCUUGUACCAUUCUGGAAGCUCCGAUCCAAAUGAUCAACAAGCGUGCCUCUGCUACAAAGCGCCUAGCUCCUGCCAAUGCUCUCACCUCCAUGCCCAGUCGGUCUCAGCCCUCGCUUGUUACUCCAACAAGAGAUCAUGCUCCCCCGACACGACGAUUGCGAAGCGACACAACGAUUCGUCAUCCUCAAUUCCCCAUGGCCAUGACAUCUAGCCACAACGGCACCAAUUCUCCCAGUUUCUCGACGCCUACUUUCACCAGUUUCUCGCGCAGCCGCUCUAGCAGUCGGUCAAACUUGAUCAACUCGUCUAUACCACACUCCUUAGCAACCCCUCGCUCGGGCGAAACCUUCCCUCCUAUUCCUGCUUCUGGUACUCCUCGUAUCAGUACAUUGACUGGGCUGGACGAGAACGAAGAGGAGCGAAUUUUCGAGAAGAUCUUCCACCAGCUUACCUCUGCAUAUACAGCUGCAUUUGGGGCUCUCCCUUUGGCCCGCCGGCAAUUCAACCGCUGCUUGGAAAUGGCCCAACAAUCACGGUCCCCUGAGGGAAUUCAAAUGGUCUGGACCAACCUCAUUCGUCGAUGCCGAUCUUGCCAGGAAGUCUCGGAGGCUCUAGGACAGCGUCUGUCGACCAUGAAACUCAAAGAACCAGGUGGUGGGCUCCGCAACCAACGCGAGUUCUGGCAGCUCUGCAAAACAUUUAUGCAAGCCUUCGUCGACCUAGUGACCGAUCUGCGCGAGGUCAAAAACAUGCAGCUCCUCCCACAAGACGUCGUCAUCAUCCUACGCCCAGUUCAGAAGGCAAGCCGCGAAGCAGGUCGCCUGAUUGAGGUAUCUCCUUGGGCCUAUUUUGCGGACAUGGCCACAAAGGACACCCCUGGUGGUGCUUUGUACGGACCUCCCCUGCAGGCCCCGCACUCGCAACAUCAAACUUCCGUUUCUACAUCUGCCAUUACAUCCCACCCCUCUUAUCAUCUCAAUACGACCGUCCCACAGUCCGUCACUGUUCCUGCCACUCCGCUGAGCGCGGCUCUUGGUCCUGCUGCGCAGGCCACCGUCCCAUCCACACCAGCAAGUGCAUACAGCGACAAGUUCUUCGAGGGCGAUGUCUUCCAACGUGCCGACUCACUUCUCUCAAUGCCAAACCAAGCGCCUUUCUUCCGCCGCUAA